AUGAUGAUGGAAGAUCAAACUACGAAUAAACCUGCAUUCGACGAUGUUUCAACAAUUGAUGUUCCACCAAAUUUUGAUAAUUAUAGCAGCAAUACAACGCAUAGACCGAGUAUUGGUGAACUUAUUGGAAAUAAAAAAAUUGCUCCAUUUAUGGAAAAACCUCAAAUAACUAUAGCAAAAGAAUUAUCAGAAGAGAGUGAAAAUGGUGAUGUUAGGUUCGGAUGGAUUACAGGUGUUUUUCUACGUUGUGUAUUAAGCAUAUUGGGAGCGACGCUCUUCUUGCGAAUGGGAUGGAUGAGUGGACAAACUGGAAUCAUUCUUGGAACAAGCCUGAUAUUGAUUUCAUCAAUAGUUGCAAUUCUCACUGCUAUAUCGAUGUCUGCGAUUGCUACUAAUGGUGAAAUAAGUCGAUCGCUUGGACCUGAAUUUGGUGGCUCAAUUGGACUUAUUUUCUACAUCGCUAAUCUUGUGAAUGCUUCAAUGAACUGCGUUGGCCUAGCAGAAUCUAUCGUAUUUUUACUGAAUGAAAAUUCUUGGUCACUCAUUGAUGGUGUUAUUUGCCUUAUAUUACAAUGCAUAAUAUUCAUUGGAACUGCAUUCGAAAGUAAAACUCAACUUGUAUUUCUUUUUUCUUUACUUAUAUCCGUUAUAACUUAUAUUAUUGGAACGUUUUUCCCAUCAAAUGAUUACAGACUUAAUCGAGGAAUCACAGGAUAUUCAGCACGAACAGCGACUUCCAAUAUUCUGCCAGAUUUUCGUAGUGGUGAAACGCCAAUAUCCAUUUUUGGUGUUUAUUUUCCUACAAUGGCUGGCAUGAUGGCUGGUGCGAAUAUGUCCGGUGAUUUAAAAGAUCCAUCCACUUCUAUACCAAAAGGAACCAUCCUUGCAAUUAUCACAACCUCUUGUAAAAUUUUUUGUGCUUCAUAA